AUGGGCGAAGAACUCUCCGAAUUCGAAAAGCAACGUCUUGCCAAUAUCGCAGAACGCGAUGCGCUUCUCAAGAAGCUCAGCCUUGACGCGCAAUCGGCGGGGGUCUUCCCUCCUAAGAUGCCGCGAGGUACAACCGGUGAUCAAUCGAAACCGAAGAAGAAGCCUGCGCCGAAGAAAAUAAAGAAGGAAGAGUCUCCACUACCUCGUCGCACAUCUUCGCGAUUGAAGGGAAUCGCGGCGGAUAGCGAGGUUGCGAAACGAAAAGCGGAUGACGAGUAUGAUCGCAGGCAGGAGGCAGAGAGGGCGAAGAGGGUCCGGAAGUCGGACUCCUUCUCUUUCAAUGACAUAUUUGUGUCGGGCCAGAAAUUGUCUGGAGAUGCGUUGAUUGGUGUGGAUGUGGUUACCAAGGGAGUCGCAGUGCCCUACCAGCGAACAUUCGGAGAAGAUGACAUCAAAUCGACCGAUGACAAGGAUUUGAAGGCUCUUAGGAAAGAGAUGAAUGGGUUAAGCCUCUGGGAACCCUGGGAACCUAACCGUAUCAAGCUCACACCCGAGAGAGUAUACACCAUGACAUUCCACCCGUCAGAGGCCAAACCGUUAAUAUUUGCCGGAGAUAAAAUGGGCCAUCUCGGGAUUCUCGACGCCUCCCAGGAGAAGCCUGUCUCCGCCGUAAAGAAUGAAGACGAAGACGAAGACGACGAAGACCCAGACCCAGUGCUUGUUACACUCAAACCUCACACGCGAACUAUCAGCUCAAUGACAAUCCAUCCCUCGAAGCCCACACACCUUUACACUGCUAGCUACGACAGCUCUAUCCGAGAGAUGGACCUUGAGAAGACUUCAUCGGUUGAAAAGUACGCACCGGAGUCUACAGCAGAAGACGUCCCCAUUUCCGGCCUUGACAUGGCCGCCUCGGACCCCAAUAUAAUAUACUGGACCACCCUAGAUGGCGCAUUCGGCCAAUACGACAUGCGCACCAAGCGACAAAGCUCUGCCGCUACCUGGCAACUGUCAGAGAAGAAAAUCGGCGGCUUCUCCCUCUACCAAACACACCCUCACUACUUUGCAACAGCCAGUCUUGACCGCACCAUGCGCCUGUGGGACCUCCGCAAGCUCUCUCAUACCGAUCCCACCCCUAUCGGCGAACACCAAAGCCGCCUUUCAGUUUCACAUGCUGCUUUCAACAGCGCAGGACAAAUAGCAACGUCUUCUUACGACGAUACGCUCAAAAUCUACGACUUUAGCACCAAGGGAAUUGCUACCUGGAAACCAGGACACGCCCUUGACGACUCCAAGAUGAAACCCGAUACCGUUGUACGGCAUAACUGCCAAACUGGACGAUGGGUUACCAUUCUGCGCCCUCAAUGGCAACUUAAUCCACAAUCAUCAAUCCAACGGUUCUGCGUUGGAAACAUGAACCGCUUUGUAGAUAUCUACAGCGGUUCAGGAGAUCAGCUGGCACAGUUAGGAGGUGAUGGUAUUACGGCUGUCCCUGCUGUUGCCGUUUUCCACAGAAGCAAGAACUGGGUUGCGGGCGGAACGGCAAGUGGGAAGAUCUGUUUGUGGAUGUAAUUAUUCCCAUCUAGCUAGUUGCUUCAUUUUUCAGCUGGGCUAUUUAAUGUUGGAGUAUAAGACAUGCUUCAGUUACUGUUUGUGUGAACAUGACUUUGAUUUUGGUUCUCGUAACGUCAUUGUAGGCGACACGACACUAAUACAGAAUACAACUAUGUGAAUCAUUUAGUUAAUGAUGGCCCAACUAAUCAAGGCUCCUAUUGAUAGCCAGAAAAGGAAAGACGGCGUUAUUCCGUCCGUCACUGUCCAUUGCAGUUAUAAUCAACAAGCUAUAACCGAAGAUUUAAAAAGGAUAUAAUACACAUAGUUCUUCGAACCACACCACACCUACAUGUUAGAAAUACAACAGCAUCGUACUCGACUAAACGAGAUUAAAAUCAAAUCUUCAGUCCCCAACUCCGCCCCAGGCCUACGGCCGUCGUCCCCAUGAAUCCCAAGCACUGCUUUGCACCACUGAGCUUAUCCCCAAUGG